ACAUGAGUGUGUGUGUGUUUGUGUGUGUGUGUGUAGUGCAAAUAGUUCCUAACAUUCAGUGAUAGUGUUUCUUAGCGUUCAGUUCUCGAAUGGCUCUGGGGUAGAAACUGUUCCUGAGUCUGUUUGUGUGUGAUAUGAUGGACCUGAAACGUCUGCUAGAGGGCAGAAGGUCAAACAGAGUUAGUCCCUCUUUGCUGUUAUAAUAAGCUCCACUCUUCUGGGAAGGCUUUUCACUAGAUGUUGGAGUGUGGCUGUGUGGAUUUUAGCAUUAGUGAGAUCAGGCGCUGAUGUUGGUGAGGAGGUCUGGGGUUCAGUCGGUGUUCCAGUUCAUCCCAAAGGUGUUCAGUGGGGUUGAGGUCAGGGCUCUGUGCAGGACACUCGAGUUCUUCCACUCCAACCUUCACACACCAUGUCUUCACGGAGCUCGCUUUGUGCACAAGAGCAUUGUCAUGCUGGAACAGAGUUUGUGUCUCUUAGCUCCAGUGAAAGGAAGUUGUAACUGUACAGCAUACAGAGACAUUCUGUACAACUGUGUGCUUCCAACAGGAAGAACCACAUGUCUGUGUGAUGGUUAGGGGUGCACAUACUUUUGCCCGUAUAUAAUGUAUAUUAUAUAACCAAAUGAAAACAUGAAUAACUACACCUGGCUUUCAUAAUUGUUCUUUAUCGCGUUGUUUACCUGGUUUCACGACACAUGAAUUCCUGUUACGUCACGCCCGUGACGCGGCACCAGAAGGCGUGCGUGGCGCGCGCGCUGCAUCUCCUCCUCCUCCUCCUCCUCCUCAGCAGCAUCAUGCCGGCUCCUCUACUCGGAGAUGUGUUCCCUAACUUUGAAGCCGAGACCACCAUCGGCAAAAUCAGACUCCAUGACUACCUGGGAGACUCCUGGGGCAUCCUGUUCUCGCACCCGCGGGACUACACUCCGGUCUGCACCACCGAGCUCGGGCGAGCAGCCAUGCUGAGUCCACAGUUUGCUAAGCGCAAUGUGAAGCUGAUCGGCCUGUCCAUCGAUAGUGUUGAGGAGCACCACGGCUGGAGCAAGGACAUCCUGGCCUAUAAUAAUGACGAGACCGUCUCCAGGUUCCCGUUUCCCCUCAUAGCAGAUGCUAAGCGUGAGCUGGCCGUGGAGCUGGGCAUGCUGGACCCUAAUGAGAAAGAUCAGACCGGUAUGCCGCUCACCGCCCGAUGCGUGUUUGUGAUCGGUCCUGAUAAGAAGUUAAAGCUCUCGCUCCUCUACCCGGCCACUACGGGCCGAAACUUUAACGAGAUUCUACGAGUGGUUGAUUCCUUGCAGUUAACAGCGCAUCACCGUGUGGCUACGCCUGUAGACUGGAAGCCGGGGGAUCGGGUCAUGGUUCCACCUAGCAUCCCUGAGGAAGAAGCCAAGAGCCUGUUCCCUGCUGGAGUGUACACAAAAGAGCUUCCGUCUGGGAAGAAGUACCUGCGCUACACACCGCAACCGUGAAGCAGGUCAAACCCUCGGACAAACCCAAACCACCCCUCAGAGGACCGAAGAACUGGACAAGACUGAGAGACCAAACGGAAAGAGAUGAAAUACACAAACGUACAACACACUGGAUGAGCCUGAGUGAUUACGAAGCUGCAUUCGUGACUUGUCAUGUUCAGGUUAAGUUUGUGGUAGUUUCUGGAUUGAGCUCAAGCUACAAUAAACUAUUUAACUUCAGAACUAAUGAACGGACAUGACACAGAGUACUGACUAAUCACCAGUGAGACACUUACUGCACUUCGACCUGCAUAAAGACAACGUGAAACAGAAAGCAUACAGGCUUGACACAUGACGUUAUACAGUGGAGUGCAAAAGUUUGCAUACCCUUGCGACAAGAUGAAGCCAAAGAAAUUUGAUGUAUUUUGUGGAAUGUACUACAACCUCACAUUCAGUUUAAAGGUUUUAUGUUUUGGAUCGUUGUGAUGUUGCAGGACACAUCCACUUUUAAUUAUUGUGGUUUAUGGAAUAUAUCUAUAUACACUGUCAGUGACAUUGUUUUUUAGCAUUUUAUUACAGUUUACUCACAAGUAGCAAUCAAAUAUGGAACAAAAAAUGAAAAAAUCCCUAAAUCUUUGUAUUUAAGUAUUUCAUCAUCCACUCUCGGAUUGUAACAGGACUCUAAAUCAGCUUCAAGACAAAUAUAUUGUUGUGCUACAAGUGCUUAAUUAGAGUGACCCAGAUUGACCUUCUCCAUUAAAAUAAAGUGACAUACAUUUCACACUUCACCUAUACCUAUUUUCUAAAUUACAUUUUCUAAUUACAAAGGAUUUCAAUUGAAAUCAGUAAUGUUAAUGGUGAUGCCACAGCUAUCCGUGAUCAGGAGUCCAAGAGAGCAAAAUUGGCCAUGCUAUCAGGAUGGGAGGGGCAUACUCUCCCUCCCCUGUCAAUCACAGCAACACCAGCCAAUCGUGGGUGUCUGUGAGCUCAUGUAUGUGGAAGAUGGUAGAUAGCGCUUUCCUCUGAAUGUGUUAUGCCGCUCUGUAAAGAUCUCUGGCUUCACCUGUCUCCGUGUCUCUGAGGAAGCACGUGCUAGCCUUUACUCUCCCCGGUUAGUAGCUGUAGUAUGAUAGAGGAGAGCUGACUCGUGGGCGGGAAUUGGCCAAGACUAAAUUAAAGAGAA